ACAUAAGGUCCUAAUUUGUGGAAAGUUCAUAGAGUGAUAUGGCAUCUCUCAGUCUCAGUCUCAGUCUCAGUCUCUUACCUGCCAGAUCACAGUCACCACCACUGAUUCUAGGGUUUUCUUCAACACCUCAAAUCCAUUCCACUCCCAUUCUCAAAUUAUCUCCCUCAUCUUCUACCCUCAGGUGCAAGGUUUCUAGAAGAUUGCAAAUUAAUCAGAAGCUAUGGAGUGUUCCUGCAACAAACCCCAACUCUGUUGGUGGAAAAUCACCAAAUGAAGGAUCAGAUGUAAAGGAAACUAGUAAUGCUGGCCAGGGACCUCCAUUUCUUACUAUUUUGGCUGGACUCGCCGUUUUUCUCCUCAUUACUUGGUUCAUUGGGUCCAUUGUUGUGUGGUUGUUAAGUUUGAUUGUUAAUUUGCCCCCUCCAAAAUAAAUGUUUACUGUAAUACUGUGUUUAUACUUCAAGCCAUGACAUGAAUCCUGAUCAUUUUCUCCCAUAGUUUACAUUUAUGCAUUUCGACUUGGUAGUA